AUGUCCCAACUGGAAAAACUAAGGCUCGGUGGGGCCGCUGCGCUCACUGGAGCAGGUGGAGCGAAUAUGAAUAGUAGUGGAACUACUACUAGUGGUGGAACAACUGCUCUGACUUCUAUGAGGACGAAGGGUCGAGAUGAAAUUAUACGGUCUAGUGCGGCUGAGGCGACGCUAAAAGACCAAAAUAGCAAAGAGAUGAACGCGCCAUCAUCAUCCACCUCCGACGAAGACGACUUGGAAGCGUUGAAGAAAAAAGCAUCCCACUUACACUUCUAUGAUCAAAAGAAAGGAGCUGGAGCUCGUCUUCUGGUCCCUGAAGGAGAGGGAGAGAGUUUGGAAAUGAAUUUGCCUAAA